AGAAGAACUGAUGUGGUGGGGGAAUUAAGACGGCAAUUAAUGGCCACUGAGGAAGAAGACAGUUUAUCAUAUCCUCCUCUGAAUGUGACCACUGGAAAUGAUAUAUGCAUCCUUUUUUAUGCUAGUAAUUUCAGCCUCAAAGCCAACAGUUCAGUUUUUAUAGAUUUGACAAAUGCAACAUUUGUCACGCAGAAUGUGGAUAUUUAUUCCUCUGAGUGCUCAGACAUCAACACAACACUGUCAUUAAAAUACACAAAGCCAGUGAAUGGAAUCAGCAGCCUAGAGAUAAGGUUUUUAAUGACCAACAAGUUCUAUGGAGUCUCGGCUAGAAAUUGGUCCACUUUAGAUUCCAUUGAGAUUGUACAAGAUGGAGAAAAGUUUGCUAAAUUUAAUGUUUCUGUCAUCUCUGCUCCUGCAGAGUAUUCAUUUCAUUGUCAGCUGGUGGGAACAAGCAAUCUCUAUCCUGCAAGGCUGAUUCCGUCCAACAAUGAGGCAAAAAACUGGGAUGUUUUCAUUUCCAGGUUGCAAAUUCAAGGCUUCAACGUUGAAAACAACCAGUUUUCCUAUGCAAGUGAUUGUACAGGCUUCUUCACUCCUGGAAUCUGGAUGGGCUUGGUGACAUCUAUAGUUUUACUGUGGAUCCUGGCCUAUGGAAUCCAUAUGAUCAUGCAGCUCACAACAAACAGCAGAUUUGAUGACCCCAAAGGUCCAGCUCUGUCAGUUCCUCAGACAGAAUAGCCAUGGAUUGAUUUAGUGCUGCUACGGCUUUUCCUGGUCUGAUAUUUAUGAUUUUUAUAACCUUUCUACUUCAUAAUAUGUGUAACCUAAAAAGAUUUCAUAGCAGAAAGGGAUAAUUAAACUACAUAUAAAAAGGAUACUUAUGCUUGGCAACAAUAAUAAUUCUACUUGUUAUUACCGUUAUUUUUUAAUAGCUAUCUGUGCUAAGGGUCUGAGGUGAGGCUGUACAGGUUAUUACUCCAUCUGGCUAUUGGAAAAACCAGUUCAAACUGCCUUCAGAUUAACUAUUAUUGGCAAAGAAAUGAUAUCUCAACAGAGAUAAAUGGGAAGCAUUUAUAAAUAACUUAAUUAACAAGAAACU